AUGGGUUCCAUGGCAUCCAGAUUCAAGGCCCAUAAAAAAUAUGUGUACCAGUACACCACAGAGAGCCGAAAUGGUGUGGUGGGCACUGCCAACCUGAGAAAUGGCCCCAAAGUCUCUUGUCAGGUAGAGAUCGAAGUCCCACAGAUCUGCAGGUUCAUCAUGCACACCACGGGCUGUGUUCUCAGUGAGGCCCCUGGCUCAGAGGCCUUCCAGGCUGCAAUGGAAAAGAACGCUCUGAAGUUCAGUGUAGAGGGAGUCACUAAUGUGGAGCUUUACCCCGAGACGGAUGAACCAGUCAACAUCCUCAACAUUAAGAGAGGAAUCGUUUCUGCUCUCCUGGUGCCAAUCCUGGAGGAUGGACAGAGCAGCUUUAUGAGCACAGUACAUGGCCAGUGUUUAACAGAUUAUGUGGAGGCUGCUAGGAAGGAUAUUGCCACAGAAGUGACCCUGUCCAGAGAUCUGUCUCAGUGUGACCAGUUCUACAGCAGGGAGCUAGCCAACAGCCCUCUGGCCCUGCUGCAAAAACUGCACAGCCCCAUGUCUAAGCUGAUUACAAGCACUCAAAACUGUAACUAUCAGUUUGAUAACAAGGGACGGCACAUCACCACAGCCAUGUGCACAGAGCAGCAUGUCUACCUGCCCUUCUCCCAUGAAGACAAUGGAAUGUCAUCUGUGUUAACCCAAGAGCUGAGCUUUCAAAGUUCCAAGAGAAUCAACAAUAGAGUAUUUGAUGUGAACCCCAGCCAGAGCAAACCACUCCACUUUGAAGACCCUGAUGAUAAAGCACCAGUCCAAACAAAGGAUGCUGUUCUCAGCACUUUUCGGGACCUUGCAGCUUUGGCAGGUACAGACCAGGGUCAGAAGAGGACCAGCCUUUUCCAUAAACUUGUGUCCAGCUUGCGUGUCUUGAGGAACGAGACUCUAACCCAGACGGUCCCUGAGAUGAGGCAAACAUCAGCCUGGCUCACCUGGCAGGCCCUGAUCCAGUGUGGAACCCCAGAGUGCACCAGCGCCAUCCUUCAGAUCAUUAGGACCAUUGACGGGGUUUCACUGGAGGUGGAUGCUCUCGUCUACGGGCUGAGCCUCCAGGCCAACCCUGAUGCCCCACGUGUCCGAGAUAUGCUCAGCAUGGCUCAGUAUAAACAGAGCAAGGCAAUCAUGUAUGCUCUGGCCAACACAGUCAAGAAGUUCCAUAAAGGAGCAGUUACUCCAGUGGUCACAGAUGUGUCAAAAUUCAUGGAGACACUCUUAAAUGACUGUUCAGGAGAAAUCCAAGAUUAUGACUCUGAUUUUCCUCCUGACCCUGCAGAGAUUUCCUUCCUUGUACUGAGGGUUAUUGGUGUCAUGGGUCCAGCCAUGCAAGCCGUUAGCCCCAGCCUGAUUUCCUCUGUGUUGAGGUGCACUAAGAAAACAGACAUUCCGUUAUCAAAUCAAAAGGCAGCUAUACAGGCCCUUAGGCUGAUGGACAUUGAUGAUGAGAUCAGAAAUGUUCUCAUGGAGGUUUACCAGGACAAUCAGAACCCUGUUGAAAAACGCUUAGCAGCCUACCUGAUUCUGAUGAAGAAUCCCAACCGAGCCCUCGUUAGAGCUGUUGUUACCAAUUUGGAGAAUGAGAGAGACGAGCAACUCAAGAGCUUUGUGAUCUCCCACCUGAACAACAUCCGCAACUCUGAUGAGCCACGCAUGAAUGAACUCAGGGAAUACAUUGACCGGGCCUUGAAAGACGAGCCAAUGCCUACAAACAAGGUCUUUGAUGGGACGUCACGCAACCACAAAAUCAACUCCCCCUUGGGCUCAAUACAGAGCAACAUCAUUUUCGAUAACAGGGACACCCUUCCUAAGGAGAUGAUGCUGGAGACCACUCUAAAGGUUUUUGACUACAACUACGACAUUUUUGAGGUUGGGGUUGAAGGAACAGGAUUUGAACCAACAAUUGAUGCACUUUUUGGGGAUAGAGGUUUCUUCCCUGAAUCCAUCUCCAGAGCCCUGUACAUGGCCGGAGACACAGGCCAGAUGCUCAGAGACGUUUUGGACAGAAUUGCUCCUCAGCAAAACAGAAAAAAGAGACAGAAUCCACAAGAUCAUCUGAAAGCUAUCACAGACAGUUUCCAGAAGCUCAUGAACGAUCUGCGUUUCUCUCCAAGACCUGAAGCCACUGCUUAUCUUCGGCUUCUGGGAAAUGAGAUAGGAUACAUGAAGACCACUGAAAUGAGAAAAAUGGCUGAAACUCUGUUCAUGUACUACCACGUCUUCAUCAGGAUUCUGCCUGGCUCGGCUUUUUCUGCAUUGACAUCUAGCACUGAAAAUGAAGUCUUUGCCCACUAUAUCUUCAUGGAGAAUGCCUUUGCUCUGCCCACUGCCUCUGGCUUCCCUCUAAAAUUCUCUUUGGCUGGUGUGUUUGCACCUGGUGCCAAAGGAGGCCUGGUUCCUUCAGCUAUGACCGAUUUGUCCUUUAUGCCUUCAGUUGGGCUUGAAUUCAUCACCCAAAUGGGUGUGCACAUUCCAGACUAUGUGGAUGCAGGGAUUGAGAUGCACACAAAUAUGUACCAUGAGAGUUCUCUCAAUGCUAAAGUCAGCAUCAGCAAAAACCAGAUUAAACUGUCCGUUCCGGCUCCCAAUUCGAACACUCAGUUGUUCAGCAUCAGCAACAAGCUGCUGUCCAUCUCGUCUGGUCAAACAAAAAUAGUUCCAUCCCUGGUGGAGGACCGGACUGACUCGACUGACUGCCAACCCUUAUUCACUGGUCUGAAUCUCUGCACAAUAGUGCGUUAUUCCAAUGCUACUUCCACAGACCAGGCCCCUUAUUACCCUCUGACUGGAGAAACCAAGUUUGCGAUUGAAAUCCAGCCUACAGGGAAAGUUUCGGAGUACACUGCCACCAUUACUGAUGAAACACUCAGAGAAGGAAAAAAGGGACGUCAUAAAGUAGAAACUCUGAAGCUAACCCUGAGAGCAGAAGGUGAAGAUUCAGUGGAGGCCUCAGCAGCACUGAAAUACAACCGCAAUAAAAAUAUUAUCUCCACUGAGGUCGUCAUUCCUGACUAUGAUGUGGAAGCAGGCAUCAAACUGGCGGUAACUAAUGGUGAUACCAAUGAAAAAAGGAUGCGAGGUAUCACCAUUGAUGUCACGAAUAAGAACAUCCCACAGCUGACUCUUGUUGGACGCACAAGACUCGACAUGAUGAGAGAUGCCAUGCUGCAACUCGAAAUGGUCAUUCCCUCUCUGAAAACUGAUGCAUCUGUCACUGCAAACCUGAAGAAGGAUGAAGAUGUGCUCCUCGACUUAGAGACAGUUAUCCACCUCCCUGAGACAUCCUACCAGCAUAAAACUGCCCUAAAAUACGAUAUUGACAAGCUUGAACUGGAAGUGAAAACCGAUCUUAACUCCGACAUACAGAAAAUGAUACCCAAUCUGGAGGAUCAUCACCGGCAGCUCCAACAGCUCAUUGAUAAUAUCCUGGACCAGCAAGUGACAAAGACUGACAUGAAACUGCGUCACAUAGUCACCAAAGGCAUUGAGGCAGGUAACAUAUGGCUGGACAAACUGACAGCAAGCAUGCCCUAUCUUGCAAACCUGCGAAGUAAGAGGAGCAUCUCCGAUCUUACCUUGCCAGCCCUUCCUGACAAACUGUUUCUGCAAUCUGACAGUUUGCUUCGAUACCAGUUCAACAAGGAUAAGAUGGCAAUCUCGCUUCCGCUUCCACUUGGAGGCAAAAAGUCAGAGGAAUUAAACAUUCCAAAAACUCUGUCUCUACCCGUCAUAGAUUUACCAGAGAUAGGCCUCUAUAUCCCAGCCAACAACUAUCCACUACCAUCAUUCACUAUACCACCUUCUUUGGAUUUCACCGUCCCCCUUCUCGGUCUGGCUGAAGCAUCCACCAAGAUCAACAGCAACUUCUACAGUUGGGAGGGAUCCAUCUCUGGGGGCAACAACACUGUUGAUGUCCCUAGCUACGUUGCACAGUACAAGGCCACUGGCCAGUCACCUUUGAACCUACUCUCAUACAAGCUUGAAGGAGCCGCAAUGAUGUCAGGAAGAGCUGAUGAUAAUCUCAAGUAUCUUCUGAAUUGUUCCUUCAGCCAUAGCCUCAUUGACACAAGCGUCAGUGUCUUAGAAACAUUAAGAGUUACAAACAAAUUGAAUGCAAGAGCUAAUUAUAAGCUUGAAGCUUCUAGUCCAGUGGGUUUGCAAGCCUCUCUCUACUACUCUGCUCAGUCAACAUCAACUCUAGAUUCAGAUGAAGUCUCAGGAGAUGGUACUUUGGAUGGAUUACUUAAAAUAGGUUCAUUUUACGCCAAUAGCUCCUACACUCAGAGCUACAACCUGCGUCCAAUAGAUCAAGAAGGAAGGGGAGAGUCCACCCUGCACUUCGACUCACCAUUCCUCAAAUUUCAGAACAUGAUACGUGGAGUCUAUGCAAAUUCUGAAUUGAACAUUGUGUCCAAAACCAGCGCCCAGAAGGACAUCUUCAAACAUGUGGCAGAGCUCAAGUAUAAAGAUGCACAAUUGAUCCUAAAGUGCAAUGCUGUUGCCACACCCAUGGGUAAAUCACUAAACAACAAGGUGGAGCUUGGUGUAUCCAGCCAAAUGGCCCUUGUCAGAAUUGAAUCACAGGCAGACGAUGCCACAAAAAGGGCAUACUCACUUAUCACAGGGUCCCUGGAUUCAAAUGGACUUGAAUUAAACUCUGAGGGUUCCUUCAUCUUUGACACAGGUCGUGGAUUGCAUAAGGCUACUGUAAGAGUUGGAGCAAAUGGUCUGACCACAAGUGGAACUAACAGCAUUCAGUGCAGUCCUGUGACACUGGAGAAUAUCUUCAGUGGUGCCAUCAGCAACGAUGGAGCAUCCCUGGACUCCACAACCAAAGUGAUGGCUGAUGAGGGCAGAGGAGAACUGAAUAUUAACGGUAAAAUCACAGCUGCUGAAGCCUCCCUGUAUGGCGGCCUUAAGGGCCAUGCAUAUGAUGCAGCCACAACAAACGACAUGAGUAUUGUACUGAACAGAGGGACUCUGACCUUCACUGGCAAUACAGAGGGAACAUUCAAGCAGAUGAAAACAGAAAAUAGCCACACACUGACCCUCACUCUGUGGACCUUUAAACUCCGCUCCAAGACCAACAACUUCGUCUGUGAAGAUAUUUACUACAAGCAAGACACCAAGGUUGAUAUGAAACCAUUUGUUUUGGCAUUUGAUAUGACAAAUGACCUCAAGUUUUAUGAUAUCAGUUUGAGCAAUGAAGGCCACACAAGGCUUGAGCCAAUUAAGGUGGAUCUCAGUGGAAGUACGAUGGGAGCAUAUGGAGAAGAACACAACAUUAAACAUGCCUAUGAACUAAGCUACGACAAUAUGGCUGGUACACUGAAAUGCAGCACAUCUGGAAAUGUAAUGGAAGUGCAGCUAAGUCACAACUGUGAACUUGAAUUUGCUGGACUUUCUUCAAAAUCAAACUGUGAAGCACGGAUAAAUUCUGAACCUCUGCGCUUUGACAGCACCAUUCGCACCAUGGCACUGCCUUUCAGCCUUACUAUUGAUGCUCUUGUCAACAGUGAUGGAGAAAUUGAUCUACAUGGAAAGCACAAUGGACAGCUGUACAGCAAGUUGCUAGUUAAAGCUGAGCCCCUAGCUCUUGCAUACUCACAUGACAGCCGGGUAUCAACCACACAUAAGCCUCGAGGUAGGGAGAUUUCCACUAAUUUAGACAACAAAUGUGAAGGUCUCCUGACUCCAAGUGAACAAUUUCUGACUUGGAAAGUAAAAUCUAAACUAAACAACCAUGCUUAUAACCAGGACAUCAGUACUUACAAUAAUCCUGAGAAGGCUGGAUUCGAGUUUUUAGGAGUAAUGUUGACAGACAUAUUCAGCAAAUAUAAAAGAUCAGCACCUGAAACACAAGAAAUCAAAAUGUCAGGAUCCAUAAAGUAUGACAAGAAUGGUGACUGUCAUAUUAUUGAGAUUCCAUUCAUUGAGAGCUUUCCUGCUGCUUUUGAGAAGCUCAGGAACACACUUGUACAAGCCUUAGAAUCGCUGCAACAGUUCAUCAGCAACUUAGACAUCAAUCAGCUAAUCACUGAUUUCAGAGCCAAAUUAGACGAGAUACCAGUUCAAGUGAGUGAUUUCAUGCAAAGAAUGGACUUGGAGAACAAAGUUGAUCAAGUAAAAGUAAAACUUGAUUACUUCAUUAAUGAGUUUGCUGUAACAAUGGAUGACUUGGAGCAUGCAAUGAACAAUUUGAGAGACAAUUUAAAACUUACUGUAACAGAUAUUGCCACCAAAUUUAGAGACCUUAUCUUUACAAUUGAAGAGUAUGUCAAAUCAGGACAGCUUGCCGACAAUAUAACAAAUGGACUUUCAUACAUUGGGAAUUGGCUUCAGACCUUUGAUGAAAAAUAUAACAUUAAGCAGUCAUUUGUCAAAGUGCUUGAUGUCAUCGAGGACAUCAUCAGACAAGUUGAUUUACAGAAGCUGAAGGACAGCAGUGCUGCAUUCCUGAGAGAGCUGGAUUCUAAAUAUGGCAUCUUGGAAACAAUCAAAGACAAACUGUCUAAAGUAAAACAAGUCAUUGACAACUUUGACAUCAACAUGUUCUUGCAAGAUGUAACGGACUAUCUUCUCUCAAUUGAUUGGGCUGCAUAUGUUAGGCAGCUAUCAUAUACAAUCCCGUCCUCAGAGAUAACAAAAGUAAUGGAAUCUAUGAAUGAUGUUAUUGUCAACUGGAUUGACGAAUAUGAAAUCUCUAACAAAUUCAAUGCAGUGUAUUCCUACCUUAAGGAUCUGCUUUUAAAAUAUGAUCUUGAUGAUAUAUUUAAAGAUUUAAUGGAUCAGGUUGUUAUUCUUGUGAAUGAAUUUAAAAUUGAAGAGACAGUGCAAUCAAUGGUAGAAGCUCUGAAAAUGAUCAAAUUUGAAUUUGUUUAUGAUAAAGUGAUGCAAUUUCUGUACAGUGUGACAAACCAGCUCAAAGCCGCUGACUUUAAGAAAAGCAUUGAUGACCUCAAUGAACGUAUUUCUUCAAUGGUUAAGUCACUGAAGGAAUUUGACUACAAUGCAUUUGUUGAUGAGACUAACAAGAAGAUUGCUGAGCUAACAGAAUAUAUUAAUCAGCAGAUUAAAACAUAUGAGAUUGUGGAAAAAAUAGAGGCUGUUAGGGACUUUUUCAGAGAGAUCCAAAGUUCCAUCUUUACGUAUUUGGAUGAACUCAAAAACACAAAGGUGGCGGAUGCUCUGAAAAAACUGAAAAAUGUGAUUGACACUGCCUUCUACAAUGACAUUAAACUGAAAGUGCAGGAUAUGCUUGAGGACAUGAGGCAAAGAAUCUCAGACAUGGAUAUUAGAGGUGAAAUGUACAUUUACCUCCAUAGAGUAAGCGAAUCCUACAGCAAUAUAGUUGCCUUCAUUUCUACACAGUUCGAUCGACUGAUGGAGAAGAUCCGAGAAGUGGCAAAGGACAAUGACAUCAUUAACCAGAUAAAGCAAGCUGUAGAUAGAGUUCUAGACAAACUAAAAAGUGCUGAGAUUGAAGUUCCCACUUUUACUGUUCCUCUCACUGACCUUGUCAUUCCAGCAUUUACAAUCAACCUGAACAAACUGCAGGAUAUCAGCAUCCCAUCUCAGAUUUCACUCCCUGAAUUUACCAUCCUCAACUCGUACACAAUCCCUGCCAUUACCAUAGACUUUGAUGAGAUUAAAGCUAAAAUACUUGCAGUCAUAGAUGACAUAAAAGAAUUUGAAAUACAAACACCUGACCCAGAGGACAUCUUCGGUGACUUAAAAGUUCUGUACUUAUCUGAACUACCAGAUCUCACCUUUCCAGAAAUAACUCUUUCUGAGAUAAAAUUUCCAGCCAUCAACAUCCCUAAAUUAGACUUUAUCGACUUCGAAAUUACAAUGCUUCCUAUUCCAGAGAUCAAAAUUCCUGAAGUUCCAAGUGAUAUUUGUAUCCCAGUUUUUGGCAAACUGUAUGGAGAGUUUAACAUUAACUCCCCUCAGUACACUCUUGUAACUAUGUGGAAACUUGAAAACUCAACAACAACAUUGAAAAACCCACAGUUUACAGCCACCAUUGCUUCUAAUGCCAAAUCACCCAUUAAGCCCCUGGAAUACACUUUUGAAGCCACAGCUCAGUUGGAAGCUCCAAGAAUGAAGAAGUUGCUAUUCACAGAGACAGUGAAAGCUAACCAUAUGGCUUUCUCCAUUGAUCAUGAAGGGUCCUUGACACUUACUGGUUCCUCUGCUGAGGCUUCUGCCAGGACUACUACAAAGGCCACAACCCAAAUGUACACAGCUGACUUGAUCAAUAAUAUGAGGCUAACAUUAAAAAAUGGGAUCUAUGCAGCCAUAGACACAACCUACAACCACAACUUGGACAUCCCAUUCAUUGAAGCUUCAAGUCAGGCAUCAAUGAACCAGAAUAUAGCAGCCACAAUGGAAUCUGGCAAAAUUAGUGUGAAUGGUGAAACUACUGGUAAUGGAAAGUGGUCUAUUCAAGACAACUCUGAUGAAGGUACGCACAAAAGUAAUGUAGAAUUUAACGUUGAUUUUAACACGGCAAAGUUAACUUUUGCUGGAGAAACUGACUGUAAAGCCUUAAAAGCAAAGCAAACACUGACUGCAGAAUCAGUGAUCCUAAGCCAUAUCACCGUUGAAGCAAGAUGUGAAACUGAAGCUCCAUUUGUCAAGAAGAGUAUUAUGGUUGUAAACGGAGAGGCUCAUAUUGGGGACUUAAAAGUUGCUCUAACAGCCUCUCAUGAUGCUGAAUUUACUGAAAACCUCAUUGGAUCCAUGUCUAACUCGUUGGCAUUCAUUAUCCAUCCAUUUGAGAUUGUCCUUGAUGUUAAGAAUAAAGUAAACUCCAAGAUCUUCUUCCCCCUCAAGCUCACCGGUAAGGUGGAUCUCCACAAUGACUAUGGUCUUUUAUUAAACUCUGAGAAACAACGUACAUAUUGGUUUGCUUUGGGAAGAUUCAAUCAGUACAGGUAUAGCCAUAACUUUACAGGAGAAAACAAUGAAAUGGACAUCUUUCUCCUUUCUUCAGUCAAUGGAGAGGCCAAUUUAGACUUUCUGACUGUUCCUCUCUCAAUGCCAGAGAUAACCAUACCCUAUUUUGAAACAAAAACCCCUGAGGUCAGAGACUUUUCUCUGUGGGAAAAUGCUGGAUUUAAAACCUUGCUUACGACUCCUCAACAGUCUUUUGAUAUGAACCUGAAAUUACAAUAUCACAAGAACCCUGAUGCUCACAGCUUUGAAUUAUACCUUGAACCAAUCUACAGUGCAAUCAGCGACAAUGCCAACAUCAUCCAGAGUCAAUUUGAAGAAUGUAGAGACAAAGUAGUUGCCCUUCUAAAAGAUUCAUACAACCAAGCAAAGUUACAGUAUAUAAAACACAAAAUUGACACUUCUAGUCUUCCUCCAAGAAUCUUCAGAGUCCCUGGAUACAAAAUACCAGUACUGAACAUUGAGGUUUCUGCUUUCAGGGCUGAGAUGCCAGCCUUUAGCUACUUUGUUCCAAAGGAGGUCAGUACACCCAGCUUCAAAAUUCCAGCACUGGGUUUCUCGGUGCCAUCCUAUACCCUUGUGCUGCCAUCUUUGAGGUUUCCUGUCAUCCAUGUUCCUGACACUUUAGGUGAAAUAAAGCUGCCCACUUUCACACUACCAGACAUUCAGAAUAAUAUUGUGAUCCCAGCUAUGGGUAACAUAACUUGUGACUUCUCCUUCAAAUCCCCUGUGAUUACCAUAAGCUCUUAUGCAGGCCUUUACAAUCAGAUGGACAUUGUUGGUCGGUUUAGCACCUCCUCAUCAUCUGUGUUUGACAUUUUGAACAUAAAAAUUGAUGGUACCACUAGUUUGACAAAGAAAAGAGGAAUAAAAUUAGCCACGACUGUGUCCCUGGAGCACAACAACAUAGAAGCAAACCAUGAAUGCGCUGUUAGUCUCAAUAAAAGAAGUAUGGAAGCUGCUGUAGCCAACAAUGCAAAAAUCAACUUACCUUUCCUCAAUCUGGAACUGAAUCAGGAAGUCACUGGAAAUACCAAGACCAAGCCAAAUGUUUCUUCUAAGAAAAAAGUGAAGUACAUGUUUCACAUUCCUCUGAUUGAGUCUCUCGGCAAAGGAAACCUUGAAACAAUGUGGGAACUGGAAGCACUAUCUUCUUAUGUGUCAUUGGAGACCAUGACCAAAGGGAAGUCGGACAUAACGAUGAUGGACAUUUGGAAUUUUGCUGGAGGUCUGGAAAAUGAAGCCACUUUCUACCUCAAUGCAAAUGGCCUGCGUACAACUGUCAAGACUGCCUUUAAUUCAGACAUUAACAAACAGGAGAAACAAAAACGAAGCUUAGACAACAAUGUCUUCAUGUUUGACUUGAAUAACAACUUGGCUCUUGAGGUUUCCUUGCGGCGAAUAUUUGCAACGAUUGAUUACGCAAGUAAUAACAAUGUGGAUUUUGCAUCUAUCCAAACAAAUGGAAAACACAAUCUUAAAGGAGAACUAGAUUUUGUUCCUUUAACAACCUUGAAGACUGCACUGAAAAUUGAUGCAAGUCAGCCAAGUAAUUUGGGUGAUGUUGAAGUCAUUCAGAGCAUCAACCUUGCUAUUAGCUCAGAGAAGCAGUCUUUCACCUGGAGUUGCAAGGAACAGUUGGCUCCCCUCAUCUAUGCUUGCAAUUUACUCAUGUCCAAUGAUGAAUCUGAAGUUCGCAUGGACUUGGCUGGAUCAGUAGAAGGUCAUCUAGCAUUCUUGAAGUCAUUUAAGCUUCCUAUAUAUCAGAAGACCCCCUGGGAUGUGCUCAAGUUUGAUCAGGUCACAAAUAUGGACCAAUUACAAUUCUUUGAAAUUUCUUCUAGUAUUGUAUACACAAAGAGCAUGGAUGGCUAUGAUUAUGCAAUACCAUCUAAACUAUUUGAAAAUGGUGUCACGUUUAGCAUCCCUGAAAUUAGUAUUGCUGUGCCAUCUUGGGUAAAAGCAAUUCCAGACUCCAUAAGAAAAGCAGACAUGAGAUUUGAAAACCCUAAUGUCCCUGAUCAUAUCACUCUUCCACCUGCAAUCACAUUUCCAGCCUUUGAUGUUCCAUUUACCACCUUACAUGUGCAACCGUUUGAAAUUGAUCCUAAAAAUCUUCACAUCCCUAAGGUGAUCACCACCAAGGAAUUUGAAAUCAUUCUGCCUGGCUUGCCAAUACUGUCAGUUCCCAGUUACAGUAUUAACACAGAGUAUCUACGAGGGAAAAUGUCAUUCCUUUCAUUCAAGAUGCCGCAGUAUGAAGUCACAGUCUCAUCUUUCACUCUACCAAAAUCAUUUACAGUUGGAGAACACACGUUCAGUCUGAAUGAUAUCACAAGCCAGAUUUCAAACUUUGAACUGCCAACCAUAGUCAUUCCAGAGCAAAAAAUUGAAAUCCCUGAAUUUGCUCUACAUCUGCCAUCAAGUGUGUUCAUCCCAGUUUUUGGUGCCCUUGGUGCCACUCUGAAGGUUUCCUCCCCUAUUUAUAAUGUGUCAACAACUGCCAGUCUGGAGAAAAGGGACUCGAAUCUUAUAACUUCGCUGAAUUCCAUUUGUACUUCUACCAUGAUCUUCUUGGAAUAUGACCUUUCUGCUAGUGCAACCAUUGGAUAUGAUAAUGGAGUAAUUAAUCUAAAUGGGAAGUGCAGCUUGAUUCACAAUGAUGUAAAUGUUGAUUGGCAACAUGUUCUGGCACAAAACCUGAGAAUGAAACGUCAAGCCUCUCUGACUGAUGCUAUGGAGUCUCGUCAUACUCUCAACGUUGACGUCACCAGCCGAACAUUUGUUGAUGGGAACUUCCGCUUUGCUUCACGCAAAGAUGGCAUCACUGCAUCUAUGUCUUCUCCAUCAUCUGGUUUUCUUGGAUUACAAUUUCAGCGGAGGUCUCCAUCGCAGCUGUAUGGAAAACUGUUCAGCCGCUACCUGUCCUCUCCUGACAAGGACACUGACGUUCUUACUGCUAAAGUCUCUUUGAGAAACUCGGACAAGUUGGUCUUCCAAAUGUCAUGGAAUUGGGACUUCCUCCAUGAUGCGAUUGACGGCACCAAGGACAGGAUUCCUGCUGUGACUGAUGCUGUGCUCAAGUUCAUUAACAAGUAUCAUACCUACCACUUUGGCUUUGACGUUAACCGUGCCGGCAUGAAGAUGAAAAACACAGUUUCUAAUGUCAUAGAGAGAGGAUACCAUGAGGUUCCUAUGUCUUUUAACACACUGCAGGAUUUAGUCCCCAGCCUUGCUGAACAAGGGAAAGACAUGUACAGGAAGGCUUCGGACGGCUUGAUGUCCAUAAAUGUGCAGGACACUAUAGACAGGUUGAUUUACGAGGCUAGACAAAUUAUGAAACACACUGAAGAUAAAAUUUACAUCUUGAUAGAUGCAGUCACACAGUUCUUGAGAAAUACAAAGGUUACAGUCCCCGGAUCAGAAAGACAGGUCUCCAUUCUGGAAAUGUUCCAGCAAACCCGUCAGUCUGUAUCAAGAGCCGCUGAGAGGGCAAUCCAAAGGUUUGACAGCCUCGUGGAGAACAUUUCUAUAUACAUCAGAGAAAUCGAGUUCACUAUACCCGGAACUGAUUAUGUUGUUAAUGGAAGUGAGAUCAUGGAUAAACUAGAAUCUGUAUAUAACGAGCUACGACAUUCCAUGAGGAGGGGGCUCAGUAUGCUUUACAAUACAGUUGCGGCUCUUUUCCGGGAUAUUAUUGAAAAGGUUGAUAAUUUCGUCACCUACCUAAAACAUGAAAAUGUAAAAAUUAAUUCUGAAGUCGAUGCCAUUUAUGCAAACAUUGUACAGUCUUCAAAACAACGCACUGGGGAUGUAAAGAGACAUGUUGCAGAGUACAAAGACCUUCUCAAACUGAGGAUUCAAGAGGCUUAUGAGGCUCUAACUAUGGAACAAGUAAACAACAGUACCAAGGAGCUGAUCGAUAUUUUGCAGUCACAUCUCUAUGGAGGACUUAAUGAAGGUGUAGACCUAAUGAGAAGGGCGUCCCAGAGCACAGCACCAUACAUUAGAGUUAGCAAUAAAAAGGCGGACAUUGAAAUCCCUUUACCUUUCCGCUGGAAAUCUUUUAGCGAGUGGCCGAAACAAUUCAGGCAGUGAACUCUGCCUCUGUUGAUGAAAUGAUUUCAUUAUGGCUCACCAAAUGUAAAAUAAAAAUGAAAUA